AUGGAACAAUGCAGUCGAAUAGAAAAAUAUGCGAUGGUUAAAUGGCUUGAAUUUGUUUUACAAAAAGAAAUUGGAUCAUUUGAAAGAAUUAAUGGUCUUAUUCUUAUUAGAUUUAUUGAAGAAAUAUCACAUUCAAAAUGUAAUUACCCAUACCCCAAAGUCAUUAAAAUUCCAUUCCAGUCUAUGGAAGCUGCAAAUGUUUUAAUUAAUUUUUGUAAUCAAUUGGGAAUUGGGUUUGGGGGUUCUGCAGAAGAUAUAUUUAAAAAUGAUGAAAAAAUGAUGUUGGCAUUCUUUACUAUUGUUGCUCAAAAAUACCUUAAAUUAAAGAGAACCGAUAUGGAAGAAGUUACUGCUUGGAUUGAACGAGUAACGGAAUGGAAAUGUUUGAAUUAUACAAACGACUGGGUUGAUGGGAGAAUGAUUAAAUUGGUAUUAGGACCUGAAGACCCAUUAGGAAAAAUGAAAGAAUUUGGUGUCGUAGAAGUUGUUGAACGAAUUGAGGAUGUGGGUAUUGAUGAAUUGACAACAAUGAUGUUAGUUAGGAGAUUAUAUGAAAAGAAAGAAAAGAUUGAGUUAUAUCAUGUACAACGCAAAGACUGGAAUGAAAUUAGACAACAAUUUGAUGAACAAAGAAAACAAGAUGCUCUAAAUUAUGCUCUUGGUAUUACAGAUAAUAAACCAUCUCCAAUGUAUACCAUCAACUCUCCAUUUAAAAAAACAGCAAGAAAGGAACAAAACAUUCCUGAAAAAGAAAGUAUUCAAGUUAAAGAAGGCAUUAACUUACAAAACAAACAAGAAGAAGCUAGCCCAGAAAAUAAAAGUACUAUUCACAAGGAACCAAAUAAUAAACUAAUAAAUCAACCAGAAGAAAGUAGAAAGGAUAAAGAAGAUAACUCUAAUAAGGAGAUGAAAUUAGUAAAUGAAACUGAGGAAGUUAGACUUCAAAAAUUAAAAGAGAAACUGGAAAAAGAAAAGAAAGAAAGAAGGAUUAGAGAACAACAACUAUUCCAGAAAGAGGAACAAAGAAAGCAAGAAGAGGAACAAAGAAAGCAAGAAGAAGAAAGAAGAAAACAAGAAGAAGAAAGAAAAAAGCAAGAAGAAGAAAGAAAAAAGCAAGAAGAAGAAAGAAAAAAACAAGAAGAGGAACAAAGAAAACAAGAAGAAGAAAGAAAAAGACAAGAAGAGGAACAAAGAAGACAAGAAGAGGAACAAAGAAGACAAGAAGAGGAACAAAGAAAGCAAGAAGAAGAAAGAAAAAAACAAGAAGAAGAAAGAAAAAAACAAGAAGAGGAACAAAGAAAACAAGAAGAAGAAGACUUAUGGUUAAGGAGACUCAACGAACUUGCAGAUGGAAAGAAAGAAGAAAAAAAUAUAGUGACGCCCGAGAAAGGUAUACCAACAAAAGAAAAGAUUAUUGACAUAGAAAAAAUAAAAAAGCCAAAGAAAGACAGUCGUAUCGAAACAGAAGAUGAAAAGAGAAGACUUAAAGUAUUAGAACUUAAAUUACACAGGGAGGCUGAAGAAAGAAGAAAACGAGAAAAUGGAAUUAAAGACCCAGAACCAGAAUUUGAUAUAGAGUUGUCUAUUUCCACUUGUAACGAAACAAAAAUACCUUCUAUUGUUUCGAUAGAUAAAGGAGAAUCAAAAGAAGGUUUAAAAGACAACAAAGCAACUCAGGUAGGAGAAGAGAAAAAAAGAACAAGCUCUUUAGAUUUGGACACCCAUUCUGAUUCUUCUUCCAUUGUAAAUUAUAUGUCAGAUAAAAGUGAGCUUGAAAAGUCAAAAAGUUCAAAUAGUGAGUUAAAAAUAAGUCCUGAAACUGAAACAACUGUAAUCACUUCAAAAGAAGUUAAUUGCACUUCCCCAACUCAAAAACAAGUCAUAGAACAAAAAUCAAUAGGGUCUCCUCGUUCGAAAUCUCAAGACCUUCACAGUAUCAACAACAACAAUAGUUUAUCAACAGCACAAAGUGAUAACUCUAUGAGUUCAGAACCUCAAAAAGAUUUAAGUGAAGGGGUUGAUGUAAUUAAAGACUCUGACAAAUUACUUAAUUCAGGAAAAGCUUCACACCAGCCAACCAAAAUUAUUGAUCCUAUUGAAGAGAAUAAAGAACAUCCAGUAAUCAAAAAGAAAUCAUGUGAACAAGUGGAUGUCAUUGAAUCUAAUGAUCUUAAUAAAAGAACUGAACAAGGAGAUCAUCUGGAUCAUGAAAAACAAGAACGAACUCGUCAAAAACAGGAAGAAGAACAAAAAAGGAUUGAGGCUUUACGUGAGAUAAAAAGACAAAGACAAGCUACAUUGGAAAAAGAAAGUGAAUAUAAACAAGAAGAAAUUAAACACAUAAACCAACCAUUUGUAUUAGAUCCUGAACAUCUUUUAUCUGAUAAAGCAAGUGGUUUAAUGGAGCAUUAUUAUCAAACGUUAAAGUCUUGGACUGGUCUUGAAAAAUAUAAGAUUAUUUUUAAUGAAAAAAUAACUAGUUUAACAAAUGAACGAAUUAACAGAGCUGUAUGUGGGCAAACAAACAUUAUGGUAAUUAUAAUCACGACCGACUGUUAUAUUUUUGGAUCAUAUAAUUCAUUAAAAAUGCCAAAUGCCCCUCAAAAGAAGUAUAAAUACCUUAUAAAUGAUCCAAAAUUCUUUGUCUUUUCCUUAAAAGCAUAUAACUCAUCUAUUAGUCCAAAAAAAUUUAUGAGAAAAAAACUAGGAAAAACUUCUUGUGUUUGGGCAAACUCUCAGAAUAAGGUUCUUUAUUCAGUUAAACGAUUUUAUAAAUUAAACAAAAUGUCAAAUUCACUAAUCACCAAAAAAUUUGCAAUUGAAUAUAAUGAUAUUCCUGAAAUGAAGCAUUUAUAUUUCACUGGUUCUGUCAAUUUUGCUAUUGGAAGAAUGAUAAUAUCUCAAUGGAAUUAA